AUGUCCAGAUACCUUCCAGUCCGCACGGAAGCCCAUCACUACACCCUGGAACACCUCGACAUACUGCAGGCCAACGUACGCAGAGAAUCUCAGCGUGUCCGUUUUCUGGCGGAUCACGGAUCCACUUUGGAUCGAGUCCCCGCCAUCCUUGCCAUACAAGAUCCUCCAGUCGAGGUGUUCCAGCUAUCAGAUUACCAUUACGAAUAUCAAAGCGACUGGGGCAUCAUCGACCACGAAGACAAGCCAUCCCUCGACAAAAAGGGGAAGCAGAAACAAGGCGUCCGGCGCGUGGCAUUUUACGUCCACAAAUCGAUCAACUUGAACUCUUGGAGGGUUGAGUGGGAUGUGCCGCACGGCGAGGGAUACAUCGCCAUGUUGGUGCUCCGUCUUGAUAACGACAGCGAAAUCAAGAUCUACAACGUCUACAACCGCAAGCCGGGCAAGUCCUUCAUCAUGAAGAAUUUUUUUGCCGCAUGUCGGAACCUCGACAAUUGUUUCAUCCUUGGCGACUUCAACGCCCAUCAUAAGGACUGGUCUCUUCCUGACCCCAAGGGGAAAAGGCCAAAAGGGAAUACACAUGGCAGAACUCUCAACUCAGCGGCAAAGAAAGCAGGGAUGCGUUGCCUCGUCUGCAGGAUCCCUACAUAUCGGAGUGGUUCUAAACAAUCAACCAUUGACUUGGUCUGGGCUGGAAAGGAACUCCGUCGUCGAAAUCCAAAGGUCCGAGUUGAGGAUGCUCGUGGGUUCCACGAGGACCAUUGUGUCAUCUACACCACUCUGGACGCUCGAGUUAGUCAGGACGGUAGUAGGAAGUGGAAAUUUGAUCGCAUGAACAGUGUGGACAAAGCGGAAUUCAGGAAGAAGGUGGGCGCUACACUGCGUCUUCUGCGAGACUCUGACAAAUCCUUGCCGGACCUGUCUUCCCCAUCGCGCAUCAAUCUUUUCGCCUCGGAUAUUAUCAACGCUGUUCAGCUUGCAACCGAAACUUGCGUCGAGAGUCAAGUGCGGAACCCAAACACGCCUCGGAAACAACUACCGCUUACACCCGCUAUACGAGACCAUCUUGCACAAGAAAGAAUUGCCAUGAGCAAAUUGCGCCGGAUGACAUUUGGAAAGCGACCCUACCAGAAACAGCUACAAGUUCUUGAAGCCCUCCACAGCAAAAGCAAUCGUCUGUUGAGACUCGAAGGCAGAAAGCAUUGGCGGUGCAGAGCUGCCAUUCAGUCUUUCCAGGACCCAGGGCUAUGGUCGCUGGUGAGGUGGGCGCAACGUCGUAGCAAGAUCCAGCGACCACCGCAUAUGCCCAUGUUCAAAUCUACCGUAAACAAUCAGACCACCAUUUGCGGUAGCUCAGAGGAGAAUGCCAAGGUUUUCCGGGAUUCGAUAUGGGAGAAAACGCGCGAUUGUCCCCCUGGCGAGGUCCUGCAGGGUGGGACGUCGAAUCUGCUGCACACUGGGUGCCAGAUUCCGGCCGCUCCAGCAAGUCCUGUUGGGGGCCCUGAUUCGACGCCUGUAUGCUGCAACACGCCCACCACACCAUCCCUUCCCGAAAGCGUUCCCGAAAGCGUUCCCGCCACACCAGCAGAGUCGCAAGGUACUUCUUCCCCUGCAUCAGACUCAACCUCUUUUGCACCUCCGCCUGGGGUCGACCCAGCCCAUUGGGCUGCUGCCUUGUCCAGGGAGAGAGUCAAGACUGAAGGUCAGAGAAAAGCCAGAGCUGAAGUCAGGGCUAGGCACGCCGCCCAAAAGAAGGCCGAGGCCAAACGCAAGGAGAUUGAGAAGCUCAUCAAGAUAAUGGGACAUGACAAGCCUCCACUCAUUAUGGAGAAUCAUGUCGCCAAUGUCAUCAAACGCCUCAAGACCGGCAAGAGUCCAGGCCCUGACGAGGUCACGAGCGAUGCUCUCAAGUACGCGAGCACCUCCCUGUUGCCCUACCUCACGCACCUCUUCAAUGCCUGCAUGCGGUUGAGUCAUUACCCCGACUGCUUCAAGGCUUCCAUCACAGUCGUGCUUGCAAAAGAGGGCAAGUCUGACUAUGCCACACCAAAGAGCUGGCGCCCCGUGGCGCUGCUCUCCACUAUCGGCAAGGUCUUUGAGCGGCUCAUUGCAGACCUUCUUCGGCAAAUAGCAGUCCGUCUCGGACUGGUUCCACCCCACCAGUAUGGAUUCGUCGGCAAAGGCACUUCCAAGGCCGUUGAGUUCAUUGCCAAUGCGGUGAUGGACGGGUGGCUUGCUGCGUUGAAGACGACUCUCUUAGGGCUUGAUAUUGCAGGAGCGUACGACCAUGUCAGUUGUGAAGAAUUGAUCAUCAUCAUGCGCGCCAUGGGAAUUCCCGAGUGGUUGUUGGCUCUGAUCAUAUCGUUCUUCUCCGAUCGAAAAACCAGGCUCCGAAUGCCGGGCUAUAUUUCGAUGGAGUUUUACGUUGACAUUGGUAUUCCUCAGGGAAGCCCACUAUCGCCUAUUCUCUUUACCUUCUUUGCUGCGCGGAUCAUCGAGAUGUUUGACGAGGAAAACCCCAAGGAAGACCGUGUCUUUGCACUUUCAUACGUCGAUGAUACGUACAUCGUUGUUACUUCAAAGGACUAUGUGAGAAAUUGCGAGCUCAUCGAGAAGUGGCAUCAGCGAGUUCUGGAGUGGGCUGCACCGCGCGGUAUCAACUUUUCUCCAGCCAAGUACAGUGUCAUGCACUUUCGAAAGCCUGGUGAUCGAGGUGAGCCGUACGAGGGGGUUCCCAACAUUCCCAACAUGACCAAGAACAGCCUGGUCAAGGAAAGGUUGACAAAGAGAAAGAAGAGGGCGGUUCUGAGGAAGAAGCGACAGGACCCAGCGAAGCGACAAGACCCAGCGCUUAGAAACGACGACGAUGAUGAUGAGGAGGAGGAGGAACUUGGCGGUCUUCGAAUUCUGGGUAUUCAGGUGGAUCACAAACUGACGUGGGCCGAUCAUAUUGAUAGCAUUGAGCGCAAGGUUGAGACGAAGAUGAACUCGCUGCGCGGCCUGCACCAGUCAACGUCGAUCAUCUCCUAUGGCUGUGCGGCAUGGUUCCUCUUUGGCGACAACCACAUGAUGAAGUAUCAUCUCACGCAAGCUCUCGUCGACCGGCUUCAUUCACUGCAGGCACAAUGUCUUCGGAUGCUGGCUGGGGCCUUCGGUUCGACACCUGGCGCUGUUCUCCAGAAGGAGUUGAAUAUUGAGCCCAUCACGGUUCAUCUCCUAAGACUCGCGACGUGUCAACGUGCCCGUGCACUCGAUGGAGACGACCCGGGCUUGAUGGAGAGCUUGCAUAACCGCUUCUAUUCCAAACACAGGUCUGACAAGUUUGACAAACAACCUUACAGAGUCGCAUACUACUAUGCCAGAGCCGUGGCCAGCGAAGUAGGGACCGAAUAUGAUCAUACGACAAGGACCAGGAACCUCAAGCGCCCCGAGUGGAGUAGACUUGACAUCAUGCACCGGAAAAUCGCCAUUGGGAAAUAUGUCCAGCGUCAAUCCAACCUGUUUUGUGCAGAGCUCUGGCGAGACUAUUGCGAGCAACGCCAGAUGUCAAAAUCUCGCUCAGACUUCAAUCGCACUCCGGUCGCGGUCAAGGGGAAAUGGGGCAAGGAGAGUCUCAAGAUCCACAAGGACCUCACCCAUGCCCAGAGCAGCAUCUUGAUCCAGUGCCGCACCGGGCACAUUGGACUCAAUUCAUACUUAUCUUGGAGAAAGUGCCCCGACGUCGUGACCAAGAUGUGUCCCUGUCGCACAGGUGAACAAACCGUCGGCCACUUGUUCUACGCAUGCCCAGACCUGCAAGAGCAAAGAUCGCAACUCCCUCUCAAGGACCUCAGGGGCGGCAAGCGAACCCGCAAUGGCAUGUGUACCCUGGAGGGUCUGCUUACUGAGGGCGCCGCCCAAGCGUCCCGCUGGGCUAUCAACCAUUUCGGCAUCCAACAGUUCACAUGGACUUCGAACCAUGCAGACUUUGCAUCUUUCAAGGAUAUGGUGCAUGCUCAUCAGGGGGACUUCUGA